CACGUUUAAAAAACAUUGUGUUUGUUUCUGAUAUCUAAUUUUCAUCUUAUGCAGGUGUGUGUUGGAUAGAAGAAAGAGUUUGACCUUUAAGAAGUAACAGCAGAAACAGAAAAAGAGACAGAAAGAAAAGAUGAGUUUGAGAGAGGAAAAUGAAGAGGGAAGGGAUCUGAAGAAGCCAUUUCUUCACACAGGAAGUUGGUAUCGUAUGAGUGGGAGACAAUCCAGUGUGUUUGGUUCCACACAGGCCAUUCGUGAUUCCUCCAUCUCAGUCAUUGCUUGUGUUCUGAUCGUUGCUUUGGGUCCUCUUCAGUUUGGUUUCACUGCAGGUUAUACCUCACCUACCCAAGCUGCUAUAAUCACUGAUCUAGGCCUCUCGGUCUCCGAGGUAUUCGUGAAUGGGAAUUUUAUAUAUUAA